UCCUGGAAACCUACCCAGAACCUCCAGCCUCUGUCACCAUGGUCAACUCCUGUUGUGGCUCCGUCUGCUCUGACCAGGGCUGUGGCGAGGAGUCCUGCUGCCGCCCCAGCUGCUGCCAGACCACCUGCUGCAGGACCACCUGCUGCCGCCCCAGCUGCUGUGUCUGCUGCACCUCUAGCUGCUGCCGCCCCACCUGCUGCCAGACCACCUGCUGCAGGACCACCUGCUGCCGCCCCAGCUGCUGUGUGUCCAGCUGCUGCCGCCCCUCCUGCUGUGGCUCCAGCUGCUGCAGGCCCAGCUGCUGCAUCUCUAGCUGCUGCCGCCCCUCCUGCUGUGGCUCCAGCUGCUGUGGCUCCAGCUGCUGCAGGCCCUGCUGCUGCCCCUCUAGCUGCUGCCACCCCACCUGCUGCCAGACCACCUGCUGCAGGACCACCUGCUGCCGCCCCAGCUGCUGUGUGUCCAGCUGCUGCCGCCCCUCCUGCUGCGGUUCCAGCUGCUGCAGGCCCAGCUGCUGUGGGUCCAGCUGCUGCCGCCCCACCUGCUGCCAGACCACCUGCUGCAGGACCACCUGCUGCCGCCCCAGCUGCUGUGUGUCCAGCUGCUGCCGCCCCAGCUGUUGCUAGACCACCUGCUGCUCCCCAACCUGCUCUAGUGGCUUCUGCUGCCGAGCAUCCUGGCCGGCACCCCGCUGUCUUUCAUCAACCAAUCUUCCUCAGGUAGUCCCACUGUGCGCGGAAUCCUGACAGGCCAACUGUCAAACCUCAGUUCCGGCCGCCCUUUCAACUGACGUGGCCUCCAAAUGUACUCCCCACCAACAACACCCUCCUCCCCGCCUCCUUCUUACUAGCUCCCUCCCAAGGGAAUCCAAGGACCUUGCAUUUUCUCUGAAAUCUCUCAGCCAGCGUGUCAUCCCAAUCACACUCUUCUUUCCUGCCAGGUUUCCUCAUACAGAGAUGCUCCUAUACCUCAAAUAAACCUGAACGUCUCCAGGCAUACAGA